UUAUGAUUUGAAUACUAUCAAAGAGCAGUAUCAGCGUGCUCUAUGUCGUGCAGAAAAGGACGCGUUUGUUUGAUACACUUAUUGCGAGGUUGAGAUUUCGACCAUCCGCCGCAACGCCAACACACGCAACCCAGCACAGCCAAACGCGUGAUAGACGGCAGUCAUAACCAUCUCAGCAUCAGUAUAUGAUUCGCGCAAUCGAUACUAUCUCACUCUGAGUGUCGCGCAAGACAUCGAGUCUGUCCAAAAGAUACUGGUAGCCCGGACCCCUCCUGCACUGCGCAGUUUGCCGCUCGACACACCAUGCCCAAGCGCUCGCACUCGUUCAGACGUCCCGAAGAUUUCCUCAAAAGCGAUUCCGACGACGACGAUUACGACGACGCGCAUGUGCGAUCAUCCCCUAAGAAAGUGAGAAGCGCACGACCCAAGAAGUCGAAAUCACAGCCCUCGCGCAAACGCCAAAGAAGAGACGACUACGGUAGCGACGGGGUCGUUGACGACAGCGACGAUCACGAGGAGGGUUCAUUCGACGAGGAUAGCAUCGAGGAAAGCUCUGGUUCCGAGGACGAGGAGGACUCGCCUGGUCCUUCCAAGCGCAAGCAACGCAAGGCUGUCCGCACCCGCCGGACGUACGUUGAAUCCGACGAGGACGCCGAAGGAAGCGACGACGCCAUAGCACAUCUGCCAGAGCCAGUCGCCAGUCCGAAGAAAUUCAUCAUCCGACUUUCCAUCCCGUCAGAAAAGUUGGAAAUCUUGAAGGCCACAGGAAAUAUGAGCAACCCACGUAGAUCAACACGGGCCAAUAGCGCCAGAGUGUCGGUGCGUGGUAUGAGUGCAACACCUGCGGAAGGACUUGGUAUGGCGACCAGACGCAGUAGCCGCGCUUCGCAAGACCAAUUGGUCGCGCUCAGCGAUUCGGGCAGACACACCCAAGCACAAGGCGCUCGUCAAACGUCCUUCACACCAGACCCACAACUACAAUCUGCUCGAAGUACAAGAAGCAGAGGGCUUAAGAAACCGCCACCGACUGUCAGUGCCAUCAUGGAAGUUUCUCAGGAAGAGAUCCCCGCCUCUCAGGAAUAUGGCGAGGUGCCCGAGUCUUUUGACAGACAAUUGCGCGAGUUUGCUGAGCCCAAGGAGGAAGAAGGUGAAGAACCUCAAGCUGGAGCCGCUUCUCCUUUUGUUUCGGAUGUGCAAAUGGAAGUCGAACAGGAACCAGCUGAAGAUGAGGCUGAUGCGGAGGGAGACGAGGGAGACGAGGAAGACGAUGAUGAUGAGGGACCGAUCAACAAGAACAAGCGCAAACUGAGGUCACAACAGAAGACCGAAAGCCCACCGCAGCGAGGUCGCGAAGGACGACGCCUUCGACCACGAACACGUAAAUCGCAAGGCGAAGCUAGUAGUGACUUUGAGCCUCCUGCGGGAUCCGGUGGUGAAGAAGCUUCAAGUGCCGACGAACUGCAGGUUUCGCCCAAGAAGAACCAAAAGAGCGACAACGACUCUAGUAGUGGCGGUGGUCGUCUCAGACGCUCUCGACGAACAGCUACUAAACGUUCACGCGAAUCUUCCGAGGAGGAGCACCUGGAUCCCGACGAGAUUGCUGAUGAAGCCGAUGACCUGCGUGAGGAUCGUCGUCGCAAUAAACGUCCUCGUCGUAACAAGCACCAUGACAUUUCCUUCGAACCCACAACUCUGCGUAACAGGAGUAACAGACCUGACUACCGCAUCUUCCGACCCGAAAUUCACCAAGCAGACGAGGAAGAAGCAGACGCACCGCCAACAUCACAACGACCUCGUCGUGGUGCAGCUGGCCCAUGGAGGUCGCUAUUCUCGACUAUGGGACCUUUCGGUGGUGCCGGUGGUCCAGUGCCUAUCUUUGGUGGUGAGGGUGCAGAGGCUGCUGGUGGCGCCGAUUCUGACAGUAGUGACGAUGACAUGGCUCAAAAGAUGCCCCGCGGCAUUGGAGGCGCAGUAGGAAUGACACCAACUGCGGGUACAGCACCAGGUCUUUUCCCACAAACUCACAACGCCGAUGCUGGUGCUUCGACUGCUGGCGGUCUCUCCAACUUCGGAAAAGUCAAGGACAAGAAGGCCUUGGCUGAUGCAGAUCCUCUAGGUGUUGACCCGAACGUCAACUUCGAUGGCGUCGGAGGUCUUGAAGACCAUAUUGAUAGACUCAAGGAAAUGGUCCAACUGCCGCUCAUGUACCCGGAAAUCUUCCAAACCUUCAAAGUCACCCCACCCCGCGGUGUCCUGUUCCACGGACCUCCCGGAACCGGUAAAACACUUCUCGCAAGAGCUCUCGCUUCCAGUAUUAGUACCAAUGGAAAGAAGGUCACAUUCUACAUGCGCAAGGGUGCUGAUGCACUCAGCAAAUGGGUAGGAGAAGCAGAAAGACAGUUGAGGUUGCUUUUCGAAGAGGCAAGGAAGACGCAGCCCAGUAUUAUCUUCUUCGAUGAGAUUGAUGGUCUUGCGCCUGUGCGAUCCAGCAAGCAGGAACAAAUCCAUGCAUCCAUCGUUGCUACUCUUCUUGCUCUCAUGGAUGGCAUGGACGGCCGUGGGCAAGUGAUUGUGAUUGGAGCUACCAACCGUCCUGACUCGGUCGAUCCUGCACUGCGACGUCCUGGUCGUUUCGACAGAGAGUUCUAUUUCCCACUCCCGAACGUCAAAGCUCGUCGCGCAAUUCUUGACAUCCACACCAAGGGAUGGGAGCCUCCGUUAAAGCCAGAGUUCAAAGAUCAGCUCGCAGCCUUGACGAGGGGGUAUGGUGGUGCCGAUCUUCGUUCGCUGUGUACGGAAGCUGCUUUGAACGCAGUGCAGGGCACCUUUCCCCAGAUCUAUUCCAGUAACAAAAAGUUGCUCAUUGAUCCUUCACAAAUCAGGGUGAAAGCCAAGGAUUUCAUGAUCUCUGUCAACAAGAUCGUGCCCUCCUCUGAGAGAUCUGCAGCUUCUGGUGCCUCGGCACUCAAACCAAACAUCGAACCUCUACUCAGAGACGCACUUGCGAAGGUUUCGGCCCUCAUCGACGAGAUCAUACCUCAGAAGAAGCCGACAACGGCAUUGGAAGAAGCUAUGUUCGAUGAUCGAGAUGACGAGAACGGGUUCGAGAAGGAGAACCUGCAACGAGAGUUUGAGAGCUCCAGAAUCAAUCGCCCGAGGUUACUGAUCAGUGGUCUCGAGGGUAUGGGUCAGUCGUACAUUAGUGGUGCAUUGCUGGCCAAGUUCGAAGGACUCCACGUACAAUCGUUUGACAUGUCAACGUUGCUGAAGGACUCAACAAGGUCACCUGAAGCGGCUGUUGUACAGCUGUUCGAAGAAGUCAAGCGCCACAAACCUAGUGUCAUCUAUCUUCCCAGUAUUGAUAUCUGGUAUGAGACAAUGGGUCAGCAAGUCAUCAAGACUUUCAAUGGUCUUUUGAGGACUCUAUCUCCUACAGAUCCUAUACUGGUGCUCGGUGUGAUGGAGCUGAGGUCUAAUCAAGCCAGCCCUAACCAAGAGAUGAUGAGAGAGCUCUUCAGCCGUUCGAGAAAGAACUACUUCUUGUUGGAUCGACCAGGAGAGACGGCUCGCCGUGAAUUCUUCGUUAAAGCAAUGAAGUAUAUUCAGCAAUCACCUGCAGAGUUCCCUCAGCCAGAAAACCGCAAGAGGCGCAUCUUGCCAGUUUUACCCGAGGCGCCUGUCGUUGAAGAAGAAGCAAAACCUCCUAGCAAAGCCGAACUUAAGGCGCAGAAGAAGAAGGAUCGCUUCACACUCAACAACCUCAAGUUGCUCAUUCAGCCAGUCAUGGAUCAGAUCAAGCUGAAAUACAAGAAGUUCAGAGCUCCCAUCAUUGAUCCAGCCCUUAUUGGCUAUCUAUAUGAUGAGCAAGACCCGAGCGUCUUCACAACCGACCUGGACCACACGGAAGUGCAGCAGCUCAGGCCUUAUGAGAUAGCGAAGGAUUCCAAGGGCACUGCGCUUCUGCAUGAAACCGCAACUGGCAAGCAAUACUACAAUCUGGAAAUUGUCACUAUUGAGAAGCGCCUCUCAAAUGGCUACUACAAGCGGCCGAAGGAUUUCCUCAACGACGUCAGAGCACUAGCUAAGGACGCGAAAACCAGUGGUGACCAAGAUCGCACACUCAAGGCCAAUGAGAUGCUAGCAAACGUUGAAGUCGAUAUGAUGAACCUCGAAGCAAUAAAUCCCGUGCUAGUCGCCGAGUGCGAGGCGGUGUACAAUCGCGAGCUUGCUCGUGAGAAGGAACAGGUCGAUAAAGCGGGACAAGCUCAAGAAGAAGGGCAUGAGGUGCCCAUCAUCAGGCCGAAUGUGCCGCCUAAUGUUUCAAACACCGUCACCGAUCACUCCACAGGACCGGUUCACCUUGGGGAGGAUGUACCGGGACCUAGAAUGCUGCAACCAUUCACUCCUGGCAGACCUCUGGGGCCCAGUCCUCUGUCCAAUGGUCUUACCAACGGCUCUAGCGUUCCUUCGUGUGUCCAGGAGGAACCUGAAAUGCCCGACAGCCAGGAAAAUUCUCUUAUGAACCUGCAGGGAAGAGCCGGAUUCGUUCAGCCCUACGCAACUCCAUCGGCACAAGGGACACAGCCGUAUCAUACACACACUCAGACUAGUGCCUUGACACGGUUAGCGCCUGGUUCGGGACAUCAAGACUACUAUAACAGCGCAUCUUCGACCAGCUCCGGUCACAAGACAAGCAACCAGAGUCACAGGAGUAGUGCUCCCUUCUCCGUCAUUACGAAUACUUCCUCGAACGGCGUGCGCAACGACGAUGCUCCAGACUUCAGUGCCUUGCCACAAGUCGAAGGCGGCAGUCAACUGCCCAACACGCAGCCACCGGACAUGUUCAGCUCGCAGCAAUCACAAUCGUCGCAAAGGGCUAUGGGCCCACCGCCACCAAGCAGUCAGCCUCACCACUCUUUCACGGUUCAGGCGCUGCUCAACGAGCCACAGCUCAUUCAGGCCGAUCCAGCAAUGCUGAAGAGCCUUGAUGACCAAAUGGUGCGCAAGUCGAGCGGGCUCAAUGUCGAACAACUCGAGCAAGUCAUGGCGAGCAUCAUGGACGCCAUCUGGAGAACCAAGGGCGACUACAACCGCAACCAUGCUGCCUCGGCUGUCUCUGAUACUUUCAAUGAGACUAUCCGAGAUAUUGAAGAGUGCCAGGCUAUCCUCGCACCGAGUCAGGACGAAUAGCAGUCAGACUGAGGCGUAGCAAAGGAAGUGUUGGAAUAGGGUACCUACACUAUUUGUUGAUUGCCCAUUUACGUGCUUCCUCUGGCGUAGAGAUACAACUGAUAAUGCUACAUGCUAAUGAUAUUAUUCUAUGAGCCGCCCA